AUGUCCGACGUGCUCUUCAAACCGCUCCGGCGCGAAACCCUCGCUGCCGCGCUCGCCAAGUGGAAGCCGUCGUCCUCGGGCCGGGCCUCUUCUUCUUCUUCUUCAUCGAACAUCGCCGCGCGCGUCGAGCAGUGCUUCCGUCGUCGCUCCAACUCGUCGCCCUCGCAACUCAAGCCGCCGCCACCGGUAGAUCUCCCACCCAGCGAGGGUGACCCCUCGGGCACUGUCAAUCUCCACCGUACGGCCGGCGACUGUUCGCUCGGGUGGACCCUGGGCUAA